GAAGUCUCUGCCCUGCUGCUGCUGCUUCCUCGCAGACACCCAGGAUCUAUCCAUCUGCAUAUAUUUUUAGCCCCAGCCUUUUUCUUGCUGUCGUUCCCCUGCUUUCCCGUUCUCUCCAUCGUCUCAAUCUUGGAAAAUCAUUGGGAUUUCGGGGUCUGGGAUUUUCUGAUAUAUAUUUUUAAUCUGGGUACCUUUCCCCCCCUCUUCUUUCCCCCCGUCUCUGUCUCUCCAUCAAACCCGGGCUGAUGUGCUCCGCAAGAGGCUGGAAAUGGAAGUGGUGAUGCUCUGGCUUUUCCCCUGGAUAUUUCAGUGCGUUUCAGUACGGGCGGACUCCAUCAUCCACAUUGGUGCCAUUUUUGAAGGAAAUGCUGCCAAGGACGACGAAGUCUUCAAGCAGGCGGUGUCCGAUCUGAACCUCAAUGACGACAUUUUACAGAGCGAGAAAAUCACGUACUCCAUCAAGCUCAUAGAAGCCAACAACCCCUUCCAUGCGGUGCAGGAAGCCUGUGACCUGAUGACCCUGGGAAUCUUAGCCUUAGUGACAUCCACUGGUUGUGCCUCAGCCAAUGCCCUGCAGUCCCUGACGGAUGCCAUGCACAUCCCACAUCUCUUUGUACAGCGCAACUCAGGAGGCUCCCCGCGCACUGCUUGCCACCUAAAUCCUAGUCUUGAGGAGGAAGAAUACACAUUAGCAGCCAGACCGCCUGUCCGCCUCAAUGACGUUAUGCUGAAACUCGUCACCGAACUUCGAUGGCAAAAAUUCAUAGUAUUUUAUGACAGUGAUUAUGAUAUUCGUGGGCUGCAGGGAUUUCUGGACCAGGCCUCUAGAUUAGGACUUGAUGUAUCUUUACAAAAGGUGGACAGAAACAUCAGCAGAGUUUUUGCCAGCCUUUUUACUACCAUGAAAACUGAAGAGUUGAAUCGCUACCGUGACACGUUACGAAGAGCAAUCUUACUUCUAAGCCCCAGGGGAGCCCAAACUUUCAUCAAUGAGGCUGUGGAAACCAACCUUGCUUCCAAGGAUAGUCACUGGGUCUUUGUAAAUGAGGAAAUCAGUGAUAAUGAAAUAUUAGAACUGGUACACAGUGCUCUCGGGAGGAUGACGGUUAUCCGGCAAAUCUUCCCUCUGUCAAGAGACAACAAUCAGAGAUGCAUGAGAAAUAAUCAUAGAAUAUCUUCAUUGCUCUGUGAUCCACAAGAAGGCUAUCUGCAGAUGCUGCAGGUUUCUAACCUCUAUCUAUAUGACAGCGUGCUCAUGUUGGCCAAUGCCUUCCAUAGAAAGCUGGAGGACAGGAAAUGGCACAGCAUGGCAAGCUUGAACUGCAUGAGGAAAUCCACCAAACCUUGGAAUGGAGGUCGAUCCAUGUUGGAAACUAUUAAGAAGGGCCAUAUAACUGGGCUCACUGGCGUUAUGGAAUUUAGAGAAGACGGCUCCAACCCCUAUGUCCAAUUUGAAAUACUGGGCACCAGCUAUAGUGAAACAUUUGGCAAAGAUGUGCGGAGGUUGGCAACAUGGGACUCUGAAAAGGGACUGAAUGGCAGCCUACAAGAACGGCGUCUGGGCAGUGACUUACAAGGACUGACACUGAAAGUGGUGACUGUCUUGGAAGAGCCUUUUGUGAUGGUGGCAGAGAACAUACUUGGGCAACCGAAGCGCUAUAAAGGAUUUUCCAUUGACGUUUUGGAUGCACUUGCCAAGAAUCUGGGCUUCAAGUAUGAGAUUUAUCAAUCUCCUGAUGGCAAGUAUGGACACCAGCUCCAUAACAGCUCUUGGAACGGCAUGAUUGGAGAACUUAUUAACAAGAGAGCAGAUUUGGCAAUCUCGGCUAUCACUAUAACACCGGAACGGGAAAGUGUUGUGGACUUCAGCAAGCGGUACAUGGAUUAUUCAGUGGGGAUUCUAAUCAAGAAGCCUGAAGAGAAAAUCAACAUCUUCUCUCUCUUUGCUCCCUUUGAUUUUGCGGUGUGGGCCUGUAUUGCAGCUGCCAUCCCUGUAGUUGGUGUCUUGAUAUUUGUUUUAAACCGUAUCCAGGCAGUCAGAGCACAGAAUUCUUCACAUCCCAGUCCCUCUGCUUCCUCCACGCUUCACAGUGCCAUUUGGAUUGUGUAUGGGGCCUUUGUUCAGCAAGGUGGUGAAUCUGCUAUCAAUUCUGUGGCUAUGCGCAUUGUGAUGGGAAGUUGGUGGCUCUUUACACUUAUUGUGUGUUCAUCCUAUACAGCUAAUUUAGCAGCAUUUCUCACAGUAUCAAGGAUGGAUAAUCCUAUCAGAACAUUUCAAGAUCUGUCCAAACAAAUGGAUAUGUCUUACGGUACUGUCAGGGAUUCAGCAGUCUAUGAAUACUUCAAAGCAAAAGGGACAAACCCUUUGGAGCAGGAUAACACAUUUGCUGAACUUUGGAGGACAAUCAGUAAAAAUAAUGGGGCAGAUAACUGUGUAUCGAACCCUUCUGAAGGCAUCAGGAAGGCAAAGAAAGGCAACUAUGCUUUUUUGUGGGAUGUAACAGUGGUGGAAUAUGCAGCCCUGACAGAUGAUGAGUGUUCUGUGACGGUCAUUGGAAACAGCAUCAGUAGUAAAGGAUAUGGGAUAGCACUCCAGCAUGGCAGUCCCUACAGGGAUCUCUUCUCCCAAAGGAUCUUAGAAUUACAAGACACUGGAGACUUGGAUGUACUCAAACAGAAAUGGUGGCCACGGAUGGGACGUUGUGACCUGAACAGCCACACCAAUGCACAGACAGAUGGCAAGGCACUGAAGCUUCACAGUUUUGCAGGCGUCUUCUGCAUUUUGGCAGUAGGCCUUCUUCUUGCGUGUUUGGUGGCAGCGCUGGAGUUGUGGUGGAACAGCAACCGUUGUCAUCAAGAAACUCCAAAAGAGAUGGCCAAUGAGGUGAGGCUGGGCCUCAGAACUAUGGAUAAAGAAGUAAAUCUGGAGCAGGUCCACAGACGUAUGAACAGUUUAAUUGAUGAAGACAUAGCCCACAAGCAAAUCUCUCCAGCGUCGAUUGAAAUCUCAGCCUUGGAGAUUGGUGGCAUGCAGCCAAGUCAGACCCUGGAGCCAGUACGCGAAUACCAGAACACACAACUUUCUGUCACCACCUUUUUACCAGAACAGACAAGUCAUGGUGCCAGCAGGACACUCACAACUGCCUCUGGUAGUAACCUGCCAUUGCCCCUUAGCAGCUCAGCCACCAUGCCCUCUAUACAGUGUAAACACAGAUCGCCAAAUGGAGGACUGUUUCGUCAGAGCCCUGUGAAAACACCUAUCCCGAUGUCAUUUCAGUCUGUGCCAGGGGGAGUCAUUCCAGAAGCCAUGGAGCCUUCCCAUGGAACAUCCAUAUAAUGAAAACAAACAAACAAAACAACCAGCAGAGCUUUUUAAUACAAUCUGAAACAAAAACAAAAACUUUUACAUUUUUCGUGUACAUAUCUGUAAAUAAUGAAAGAAUGAAGUGGGGUAAAAGUGUAUUUUGAAUAUUCCCAAUUUUCGAAGUCAGUAAAAAACAAAACAAAAACAAAAACAAAAAACAAAAACAAAAAAAAUGUAUGAAUGACUUUGUAAAUUUUGUUCUAUAUGAAUAAAAAGGCAAACUACUUGUGAUCGUU